GAGACAUACUUUGUUCAGUUUUCAUUAGUUGAACUUUACUUCCGAGGAGAUAACGUCUGGUUCAAGUAGUAGAUUUUAAGAUAUGGUGAUGAAGACCCUUGCUUAUUUACUGGUUUUAAGCCUUGCUCUGGUUUUUCGGUUCCAUCUCGCUGAUGGAUUCACUUUUCCUUCUAUUCUGGAUGACGCAAGACAAGCCAUGAUGAAGUUUUCUAAACCCGCGACCACGACCACGACCACCCCAACCAAACCUACUGUGCCUGGGGGCGGUUGGUUGGGCGGAGGCCGCCGCCGAAGAAGAUAUGUCAGACCGAGACCGCCUUCUCGCACCAAGCCGUCCAACAGCUUCCUAGAGGUUCUAAGUAAAGUUGAGAAAUCGGUCCUUGAAGCUCAGGCAAGUGGGAACAAGCACUUCUUGAGUCGAGCAAAGAUGGAUACUUUGAUCAAUAAUAUCAAAAUCGCCCUGAAGAAAAGAAGUUUCUUAUUCGCUCGGGAGACUUUGGGGAAAGCACUUUAUAAAGCGCUCACAACUCGUUCUGGACCGAGAGUGAAACGUUCGGCUUCAUCAGCAAAGCAGUUCUUGGAUAAACUCCAGAAGGAAAUUGGCCAAACAAAAUUUAGUGAGCUAUUAGGCGUUGAAGACUACAAGACGCUGGUAUUCGCUAUUGAUGACACUGGAAGUAUGGGGGGUGAGAUUAGAGCAGUGAAAGACAUUUCUUCAGCCAUCGUGAGGACACAGGCAGGAAAAAAGACGGUGAAUUAUAUACUUUCGGUCUUCAACGAUCCUACAACCGGUCCCGUGAUUUUCAAAGAUAGUGGUACAGAAUUCAUCAAGGAGUUACAGAAGUUAAGAGCCCACGGUGGAGGUGAUUAUCCAGAACUGACGUUCAAAGGCAUGUUAGAUGCCAUGGAAGAGGGCCCAAGAGAAGGCUCACCAAUGUAUGUGUUCACAGACGCAACGGCAAAAGACCAUACGAAGGACAACAUCAACACCCUGAUCGGUGCCGCAAGGGAUUUUGGUGUCAGCAUCAACUUCUUUACUACUUCGGCCGCCUCGUCGUUCGCACCGUUUGUUCAAGUUGCCCGAGAAACCUGUGGGAUGAUACUUCGACUGGUAGGCUCGUCAGAGAUAAGGAAAUUAGAAAGCAUCACCAAAUUGUCUUUGCGAAACUCCGGCGUUUGUAUGACUGGUGGAGAUGAUGGAGGCUUCUUCGGAAAAAAGCGUGCAGUCUCGAGAAGCAAGGUUAUACUUGUAGACGAUUCGGUGAAGAAUAUGAUCAUUUCAGUUUCCACCCAAAACUCCAACCCAGUAAUUGUCCUCAGGGAUCCGUCCGGUAGAAGGUUCACUGGAAGAAAAAUAUCUCUGUAUCGGGCUGCUAUUUACGAGCUUAUCAACCCGACUCCUGGUCGAUGGACGCUGUCAGUUGCUGCGAGUGCUGGCAAGUACCACUAUCUUGUCAGAGGAUCUAGUGACUCAAACAUCGACUUUGACUACUACUUUGUAAUGCUUCCAACACGGAAAGGAAGAUACCCCAUCCCAAUCAAUCAGCCACUCGCAGGUCAACGCGCCAACGCCAUCAUAACAGUAGCAGGGGCUGAAAGGAUCCAAAGAAACAGGCUCAGCGUUGAACUCAUCGACAGCAGAAACGGAAGAGUACUAACGACGGUCGCCAUGACACCUCGCAGCUCAUCAAAAGUUCAUUUCGUCGUGUCAUUUACUCCACCUUCAACGCCAUUCAAAUUCAGAAUGAAAGGUCGAACCAAAGCAGGCCACGGCUUCGAACGCUCAUCCAGAAAAACCAUCCGAGCAACUACUGCCCUCAUUCGCGUCUACAGAGCCAAAGAUGGUCAACUGACCAUUCCCAGAGGAAGACGCAUGUACGUCAUUCUAUUGAUCUUCAACGUUGGCCCAACUGAAACCUUUGACGUCUCUGUUAACGAUCCAAAGCGUUAUGCCACAACAAGACGUAAACAACGGGUACAGGUCUACAAAAACCGCAGCCGUAGAUUCAUUCUGUGGUUCACAGCUCCUUCGAGUGCAACACCAGGUAAAGGGUACCCUGUUGCUGUCACCAUCAAAGGAAGAAAGUCUCGCGUUGAAACAGGCCAAAUCCUCAACCUUAUCGUAGCCUGAGGCUCGUAUGAAAGGCGGAAUGACGGAUCGAUUUAAACAUGAUUUAAAAAGAACAGAAAAGAACAAUUUAGCAGAUAGGGUAACUUUUAAAACGGAAUUCUUGGUUCCAUAGAUUAAAUAAGGUGCUUUGGUAAUAUAAUGUUACAAAAGAUAAAUUAAAAUGCAAGAAGAUAAAUUAAAAUACAAGGUAUCAUUUA